UUCAAAGAUAAAGAAGGGAACUGCUCUAAUACUUUGUUAAUAACGGAUUUUCGCUUCUCUUCUGGAUCAUCGGGUAAAAUAGAAAUUGGCGGUCGGGAUUUGGUUUGUGUAGACAAGGUUUUAAUUUCUUCGCAUACCUCAGCUUCUGACAAAAUAUCUGAAGAAUCGUCGAUAAACUCAUCUCGAUCAUUGCUCAAUUCUGUAUUGGGAUCCUUGGAAAAAUAA